AUGACUGGUCCCAUGGUAGCAGCGUUGAUUCCCAAGAGAGCCCCAUCCUAUAUCCUGCCCAUGAUACAGUUGUGCUUAACUGUGGUGUCGACUGUUCCCCCUGAUGCCUCUGGGAUGGCUACUGCCUCCAUCCACUCACUCCUUGGACACUUCUCGGACUGGCUGCUUGGUGCCUUACGAGCCUAUCUCUACUACGAUGUCGUGGCCCGAUACAGGGAAGCUGUCGCUGGAGUUGUUGCUGCUGUUAUGUCCGAAGGUGGCAGACCCUUCAAGGCCCUCACGGAACUACAGCGGAUCAGACGAGAAUUCUUCCUCCGUCCUCUGAAGGACUUGCUGGGCUCCCAGGUCAACUUGAGAGAGCUCAAGUCCCGAGUGGACCAACUAGUCGGCUCAACUGCUGAUGAGCUUCUUUUCGAUCCUUCGGUUGGACCUGAAAGGUCCCUCGUAUUGGGACCAUCUGAUGAGAGCGAGCAUGAGAGAAAGCAGGCUCUGACGACCAGAGGGAUCCAAGCCGUUCAUCGGUUCGCAGGCAUCAUACUGUCGGAGGCUCUCUCCACUAUAGAGCUGGCCUUAUGGCGCCUACGUGUCUCACCGUCCCAACAGUCCUCUGCGACCUGCAAUGCCGUAUUAGCUAGAUUUCUACCACUGGUCAGUGGUCUGAGAUGCUACUUGCUACCUUACCUGGAACAGCAGCUGCGGUCGUCGUCUUGUGGUGCAUUCCUACGUUUCCUCGCACCCUUGAACGCCUCCUCCCCUCCCCUGCUUAUCCCCCUGGCCCGAGACGAACUACGCAUCCUCAGUGCGCAACUGCACGCCACUGCCUCGGAGUUCUUUGGCUUCACUUACUGUGAGCUCGCGCUGCAAGCAGGGGCAGGGCAACCUCGAAAAAUCCUACCAGUCAGCGGCCGACUCUUCGACCUACUACCCCACCGUAAGAGCCACUCUACUACUGGUGGUUCGUCAUGGCUCUCUGCUGUCCAGCAUCCUCUCUACUACAGCUUCACUGUCGUCCCAGUGCCCUUGGAAACUCUGCCUCCUGCUAAGCGACUGCACUACGACCUACUGCUAUCGGUCACGUCUCAAUGCCCUUGGGGGGAGCAUAGGGAACCCUUUACCAUGGACGCCCGCAAAUGGAUGAUGAACAUUCCCGGUUUGGGCUCGAAAGGGGUCACUCGAAUAGCCUUGCCGAUGGAUAUCAUGGACGACAACUUCACAGAGAUUGAUAAGGAUAUCGGCGAUGUUCACGAUGGGGCUGUUGAUGAGGAGCUCUUGCCUCAUCCUCAUGCUGGUGGUCACCAAUCGACUAAGCCUUCCCUGUUCUUCCACAUGCUCCGACCAGGAAAUGGAGGCGUGCUUACGGUGAGGCUCACCAAGAUGCAGUUCUUUCACUACGUCCAGAGCACGUGUUCGAACCGUCGGAUGCCAGCGGUCAGGCGAUGGGCGUUCCUUGCCCUCAUGCUCUUGGGGGGCGGUGGUGGUGGUUCAGGGACGACCCUCACCAUUGCUGUCCUGAGUCGACUGCACGUUGUGAGGCCAUUCUUUGCCCUCGAGGACAGCAGUGGAGAUCGUAGCAUACCAGAAGGGCAGCCUCGAAUGCCUGUCGUUUGCCCUUGUGUCCGAGUGGCCGGCUUAUCCAAGGGGGUAUGCCUAUUUGAUAGCCACAGAGCCUCUCAGCCUCACAGAGUCCUUCGGCAACCCACUCUGGAGGAGCUAGGCUCCUUAUGGUCUCAGUCUGAGGCCUCGAUGGAGAUAGCCCUACCCACGGAAGAUGUGUCGAUGAGACUCUCCGAUUUGAGGGAUCUAGAAAGGAAUAUACGUUUCGAUCUGCCACGCGCCGAGCCCAGCAUGAGCAUCGCCGUAUUGUCUGCGGUGGGCAGCAAGCUAUUGGACACAUGGUCGAGAGUGAAGAAUGCAUGGGAUGAGGUGGACGAUGAUGAUGAGGGCCUAGAGGUGGGCAGUGACUACGAAGGGUCUACUAACGAUGAGGAUGAGCGUGACGAGGAGCUACUGGCCCCUGAUCCGAAGUGGGGGAUAGAGCUAGCUGAUGGGCCCCUCACCAACAAGAAAGAAUCUGAAUUCAUGUGGGACUUCAUAUCACCACUAACGUCGCAGCUCCCACCAGGCUACGAGCCGGAGCCUGAGGAGGAAGUCGCAGAUCACCAGCGUUUGUUGCCCAAACCGGACAGGGCCAGUGCACGAGAAGGGGUGUAUACUUAUGGUCCGAUGACGCCUCCCAAUAGUGUAACGUAUGUCCCUAUGUUCGAGUAUAAGAACGGCAACAUACUCAUAGACCAUUACCAGAAGUUCACCGUCGCCCAUCCUCCGUCUGUUUGGCAUUGGGCGCCUCUGCCGACGCCAACCGUCCCCCAGUCGCCAAUUGUCAGCCUGCCGGCGACUGCAGCGGCUAGUGCUCUCCUCCAGGGUGGAUUCGCCCUGGCAACGUCUCUCUAUGACCUGCAGCAUAAACGCUGCUCUAAGAAGGAUGUGUACCGAUGUGUGGUAGAGGCCGCUAGUAGAGGCUCAGCGGUCGGGGCUUGCUGUUGGACUCUCGCCAACGUUGCUGGGGUCACUAAUGUGGCCAUACUUUCUGGCACAGUUUCCCUCCUGUGGCUGGCCCUCAGGGCCCUCACUGUCCACUCUCGAGAACAGCUCUUGUCGGAUGCCUGUGUUACUCUCAGUGGGACGGCAGCUGCGGUUGCGGUCUUCAGAUGGCGACAGGCUGGGAGUAAACAGCGCCUUGUACGUCUAGCCCGGAUGAUGCUGGGGCUACCGCGCGAUGGCUCGGCCGACGAGAAGGUUGGUUCGCGAUGGCGUUUCGUCGCCGGUAUGGUCCAUCCAGACAGACGCGGUGGUGACGGGAUAUCCAACGAGGACAAGAAGUUAUUUGAGCUCUUUAUGCUCUGCAGAGAGUACGGUGCUCAAGUGCACGACCAAAUAAUUCAGAUUGUCAAGCUAUCCCUUGGAGAGCGACAGGCAAGCAAGGGUAAGAAAGCUGACGCUGAUCAGGCGGGCGAGGGGCCACUCUAUCUUGAGGAUGGGACUAGAUUGGAUAACUCAGCAGCGGUCGAGGAGCCUUUGACGUCCAUCGAGACAAUGGUUGGUGCCGUGCAGCGAUUUGCAUAUAUGGCGAUUGUGGAGCCCCAGCUGCAGCAUCAGCGGAGAAUUGAGUCGGAUCUGCGUAGGGCUGUACAUGAGACGGUGCCCCGUGGAGUUGAUGGAGAGGAAGUUCUUGAUUGA